CUGCUCAUAUCAGAGAUGAAAUUGAAAAGCAGCCAGGACGGCACCAGCACCACCAAACCGCAAUGCUCCACGAAAUCCUCCUCUCCCUCGCCGGGCACCCAUCUCCACUACUCCGCGCCGACGCCGCAGCCCCCGAUGCGGAUGCCGGUCCCGCAGCCGCAGCCGCAGCCGCAGCAUCAGCGGCCGCCGCGGCCGUCUUCUCGCCUCCCGAGCGCGAGCUCCUAGCGUCCGUGUCGCACCUCAGCAGCCUGCACGUCAAGGUGCAGGGCUAUUCGGCCCAGAUCGCGUCGUCGCACCCCUCCACCAUCUGCCGUGCCGUCGCCGCCUCGGUCUCGUCGGCCCACCUCGCCGCCUUCCGCCGCAAGGUCCUCGACAUCGAGGCCUCGGUCCUGCGCAGCGACCCGGCCCUGGUCGGCGCCUACAACAUCGUGCCCCUGACCGCCGUUGUCGGCGAGUUCUCGGCCUGGAUCAGGCGCAUGGAGUGGCUCUGGGAGGUCGUCAGCCUCAUGCUGAGGGGCGAGAGGCGGGAUGGCGGCGGCGGCGGCGGCGGCGUCGCCAUGGCGUGCACUGGCGCCAGGAUAAUAGACUGGCUCCGCGCCGAGCUGCAAACUGGCUACGUCGACAUCGAGACCACCGCCAGGAGCCUCGUAGCUGUUGCCGAGACGGCCUGGCUCAAGCAGGUCUCGGCUUGGGUGCUUUACGGCCGGCUUCCCACGUUUGGGUCGGGCGACUUCUUUAUACAAAAGGCAGCUCAAGGGAGCGAAGAGGACUUUAUUUCCAAUCCAUAUCUGCUCCCGUCGUUUGUCACAGCACCAACGGCCACCUCCCUGUUGUUCAUCGGCAAGUCCCUCAGCCAGAUACGAGCCAAAGCAGCAGAAGCGUCGGGGCAGGGCGCUGUCCACCACCUGUCCUCCCAACUAUCCGAGCUAUCCAAGCUCUCGUUUCCCCUCGACGGUGCAGUGUUUUCGAGGACUAUAACAGACAUCCGCUUCUUCCUCUCGAGAAAUAUCCUACAGAAAUUUCUGCCACUUGCCAGAGUUAUGGAGAUGUUGCAAGUGCUACGAGAUUUCUUCCUGCUCGGCCGCGGUGACUUCGCCAUGGCCCUGUCUCAACAGGCAGACGAGAAGAUGCGAAGCCGUUGGCGCAAAGUCGACAAUAUGAGUGCUGCAUACGGCAGGCAAGAACCCCUGGCCAACAUCCUGCUCAAGGAGGGCGAGGUCAUGUCGGUACUCGCGCGCACCUGGGGCGCCCUGGGCUCGCUCCAGGGCCAGCAUUCGGAUGAGGACGAGGGCCUCGAGAUGGCGAGGGACAUCAUCAGGCUCACCCUCGCAAAGUCAAAACUGUCCGCCUCCACGUCUGGGGGUGCCCCGCCGUCGGCAUUUGGCUACGUGAGCAAUAUCGCCACAACCCCGUUCAGGAACCUCUUGUUGUCUGUUCCCGUCGUUCUCACGCUCGACAUCCCUUCCCCGCUCGACCUCUUCCUCAGCCAGUCCGACGUGCAGACAUACACGUCAAUAAACUCAUACUUGCUCUCGGUCCGGAAAGCCCAUCUGCGGCUCACGGACCUCUGGAAGAUCACAGCCCUGAGACGACACUGGCCACCACCCCCGCGCCCGCCGUACGGGAGCACACCCUCGGGCCGGGCCAAGGUCAAGCUGCUGCGCGGCCGUAACACGGCGCGGUCGGCUGCGAUGCGGAGCGUGUGGGCGACAUGCAGCGCAGUCAUAUUCUUCCUCGCCGAGACCGAGGCCUACCUGCAGAACGAGGUCGUCGCCGGGCUCUGGGACGGCUUCCAGCAGUGGCUGCUCACGGGCGACGACCAAGCGAGGCCUGACGACCGCCGGAACAAACCCCUGAAGUUGCAUACGCUGGGCAAGAGGUCCCGCGAUGAAAUGGACGAGGACGACGACGAUAACGAUAACGACGACGGAGACGACAUAUGGCUCGCGUCUGCCGCCGCCGCCACCGCCGCCACAGAUCCUACAGACGGGCAGCCGCCAUCGCAAGACACACGCCAGCCGCACGACCCGCAGUCGCUGGCGACGGCGCACCGGCUGUACCUCCGCACGCUCGCGAGGCGAGUGCUCCUCACGCAGCAGUCCUUCACCGACGUGCUGUACGAGCUCCUAGUGGACGUGGACCGACUGGUGGCGCUCGUGCACCGGCUGCAGGGCAUCUGGUCGUCGAUGGACCUCGAGGCCGACGCGGGCGUCGUCGACGCCUUUGUCGACCUGGAGCGCGAGGAGGCCGACGUCCGCGCCGAGAUCGCCGCCGUCGAGCGCCGCAUCAAGGCGGGCGUCGAGGCCUGCAUCGCCGAGCUGCGCGCCGUCGAGGCCAGGGACGACAGCGGUGGCGGCGGCAACGCCCUGCCCGCCGGGAGCGGCGACGACAUGGGAGGUGCGGCCGAGGCGCACGACGACGGCGGCGGCGGCGGUGCGGCCGACGACGACGACGACGACGAGGACCGCGGCGCCCUCGUCGAGCUCGGCGAGUAUGUGCCCCGCCGGGUCGGGAGGGUGGAUCGGCUGCUGAUGAAGCUCGACUUUGGGACGUGGUUCGAGUCCUCGGGCCGGCAGGGCGGGAGUGCCGGCGUGGAGGACUACAACAUAUGAAACGACGGAUAAUAUUUCCUACUCCUCUUGCUCUUUCGAGAUAUUACGGGUGUGUUUGGGCGACUUCGGGCGUGUAAUUCAAAGACCGAACGGGGAUGAGCGAGAACCGGGAAGAACUUGGGAGGCAUGUCCACCCCAUGUGUAUUCUUUUGUGACGAGACUAUGAAUAUCAAGCAUCGACACAUUUCCUCUACCA